AUGGCCGCCAAGUUCGCUAUCAAGUCCCUGGACCACUUGGUCCUCACAGUCCGAUCAAUUCCCGCAUCCAUUGCAUUCUACACGAGCCACUUGGGGAUGAAACACGAGGUGUUCAGUUCUCCCAGCAGUCCAGAUAUUCAACGACAUGCACUUCUCUUCGGAUCACAGAAGAUUAACCUACACCAAAGUGGCAAGGAAUUUGAACCCAAAGCGCAGAGUGUGAUGCCGGGAAGUGCGGAUCUGUGUUUCUUGACGGAGUCUCGGGUUGAGGGCAUCCUGGAUGUUUUUCGGGAAGCUAAGAUUGAGGUUCUGGAGGGGGGGGAGGUGGUUGAACGGACUGGUGCGGUGGGGAACAUUCGAAGCGUGUAUGUGCGUGAUCCGGAUGGGAAUUUGAUUGAGUGA